UGCUGCAUUUAAUUGACCUGGCUGAUUUUUGCUUGCAUGGUCACGUUGCUGUCCUUCAACUCCAUAAUCGAGACAAAACCUCAAUGCUGGCCGUGUAUACACCGAGUACAGUACAGUACAGAUGUUCUUUUUAUUCUCGGUGGCUAUCCAAUGUGGAUGAACCCCUCUUCCAAGUUGCUGUAUGCCGCACGGGUCAAGUAGGGCUCGGUAGCGAGUACAACUGGAGUCGGUGGUGGUUAGCGGUCCGUGACCGUGGGGUGAGUGACCUUGAUAGUGACUUCCUGUUUAGGAAAUUUUGAAGUAAGUGAAUGAGGCGCCAUGAGCCCAGCGUCGGUGUCCCUACCAGGCCGGGCAGUAACCCACCAGCCUUUUGCUUUUCAUCAUCAUGUCGAGUCCCUCGGAUUCACAAAGCACCUUUCUCGUCAGUCUUUCCUUCUUCACUCCACUGCCCAACCCAACCCACCCAUCUAUCUUCUUCCCUUUCUUUCUCGUUCUCUUCCACCACCAUCAUUCCAAUUUCCUCCUUCUCAUCCUUUCUUUUCUCAUCCUUCCUCUUUUCAUCCUUCCUCUUCUUAGCCUCCCUUUUCUCGUCCUUCCUCUUCUCAUUCUUCCACUUCUCAUCCUCUUUCUUCUCAUUCUCUUCUCAUUCUCUUCUCAUUCUCUUCUCAUUCUCUUCUCAUCAUUCCUUCUGUCCUUUUCAACCUUCCCCUUCCCUUCUUUCUGCCCCUUCUCUUCCUAUCUUCUUCUCUCCCCCCUACCACCCCCGAGACAGGUACGUGACCCCAACAUUGUCCCCGGUUGCUAACGGUCUAUCUUUAUUCGUAAGUUGUGCCGGAUCGAGCAUUUGUUCGUGACAGCGCAAGCAGGUUUUUGGCUCACUGGAAAAAACUUUGAGCUUGCCGUACCUCCAGACUUCCACUUGCAAGUUCUCGAGGGCCUAUGGACGGGUGGUUGGGUUGGGCCUGGGCCACAAGACUCCAAACACGAAAGGGUAAGUCAGUCAUUCUCCUGCUUCGGAGGGGGUGGGCUUCAGUAGAUGCUGACUUCUGACUGUUGCUAUAUCUGUGUGCUUU